GAUCUCGCGAAAACCGGUUGGAUCUCUGGAACUUGAUCCAUGCUUCGAUAGUCCGAGGAUGUGACUGUCCGUAUACUCUAGACGUCGCCAUCAGAUCCCUGUUCUGUAAUUCGCUCGCUGCCUGGAUUCGACCUUGACGCAUGUAUAUGAAUGUCAAAAGCUGCAUGUUGAACAGGGUGCCUAGGCGGGUGUUCAUCACCAUGGGUACUCCACAUGAUGUUCAAGUUUCUGUCCAGCAACGCCUCAGCCAGGUCGUAGCGCUCUUGUUCGCAGUAUAUGUUGGCCAUUUGUCUUUCCAUGAUAAGGGUUGGGGUGCCGCUCUCGCCAAACACAUGCCGGGCCAUCUCAAUUGUGUGAGCCCCAAGCUUUUCAGCCUCGUCGAUUCGGCCCUGUUCAAAUAGGCAAAUGUCUCUUCGGCCUUGACAAGUUGUCCUGUCAUCGUGUACAAUAUCCCUAGCACACGCAGAGACCACCGUCCCAAGUUCUCCGUCGGGAAAGUUGAUGGCUGCCAAGCGUAUAAACUGUUUCCUCCACCGCUCCGGCUCGUCAAAUUUUGCUAGCCAUUCUUGUGUGCAGAACUGAACAAGGGCAUGCAUGUCGUACAAGCCCUUUGUGGUUGUGGGAGCGAUGAGAGAAUAGCCCAUGAGAGCAUCAAGGUCGCGUUGGAGUUGGACGUCGGAAUUAGCUUCGGGCUGGUCAGGCAAUUGAUUGUCUUGCGAGGACCACUCUCGUUGACUUAAGUCAUGCUUGCUUCUAGGAGAAAGGCCGAGGUAGCCCUGGAGAAGUUCUUCGAGGAUGUUCUGGGAGUGAAAGAAGCUCAUGAGCGACAGUAGUUCGGCUGACGACGGGCUCUCUUGACGAAUCUGUUCAAAAGUGAUCUGCCAGGUGACGACAAUGGAGUUUGAUGCGCUAUCCAGUCUCCUCACGUCUCCAGAGUCCUUGCUUAAGAGAUUCCCUUGCCACGCCUCGUUCUUC